AUGAUGAAUUCGGACCAAGUUGUGGUGUACGAUUACAAUAAUGCUAAGGGUUCUACCGAAUUAGACAGUGCAGGGAUGGAUCGCACGGUGUUAACGUCUCGUGGAGGUCGAAGUGAUAGUCCACAGUACGCAAUGAAUAGAAGCCUUCGUGGUUUGGCUGUUAUUAUCGCUAAUGUACAUUUCAACAAAGACCCGGAUAAUCCAAGCAGUGUACAGUUAAAGGAUUUACCAAAUGUCAAGUAUGAAGCGGAUCAACUGUAUAGUCUCUUCACAGCACUUGGAUACAUUGUUUGUAUCUACCCGGAUGUGACGUCAGAACAGUUGAUACAAAAGUCAGAAACUUACAGUAGAAAGAAUCACAGUGCAUACGACUCGUUCAUUUGUUGUAUCAUGUCACGUGGUACAGCUGCGCAUGUCUACGGCAGUGAUGGUAUUGCUGUGAGUUUACAAGAAUUCAUCGACAACUUCACUGGUUGCAGAUCACCAACUUUACACAAUAAACCUAAACUGUUUUUCAUAGAGUGCUUUCCCGGACACAAAGUAAGGUCAGAACAUGUGUUGAAUCAUAGAGAAUGGAUACACAUUGCAUUUACUGGCUACUCUCUCAAUUCGAGCUGCGAGGUUAAGUUGUCAAGGCAACUGGAUACGGAUUCUCUGCAGACGGAUGAUCCCGACUUUCUAUUGGCUAACUGCACCUACGCAGGCAAGACUGCCCCUGUCAACGAAUCAACUUACAUGUUGCAUUUAUGUGAUGAUAUUAAACGCAGGUCACGUGAUACGCACGAUGUUUUGAAGAUUAUAAAUGACUUGCACAUGGAGCUUUGUCACUAUGGUGACAGUAGAUCUAAAAUAUGCCUCUCACUCAAAUCUACUUUGAAGAAGUUGUUUGUUCUCAAGAGUUCACCGCAGAGGGCGUGUCACGGCAAAUAA